AUGUUGUGGUAAGUGAAAGUGAAAGUAUGCCGAGGGUUGUGGGUGAUUUACAGGAAUAGGGUGCAGUUUGUACGCGUCGGUGAUUUACAGAGAGAAGGCCUUGCUGUCCGACAGUCCCCAUGACUCGUUCAUCUGAAGCCAGUGGUGCAGGAGUGGACUGAUACAACAGUGAGACAGGAAUCAACAUGUAUAAUUACUGGGGAAAUGUUGGUAUUUCUACCAAACGUCCCGCUCUCCAGCCAUUAAGUACCAUGGCCUGUCAAACCAGGGAGCAACAUGUUACCUGAACAGUGUGCUGCAGGUGCUGUUCAUGACUGAAGACUUCAGAGAAGCUGUAAAACAGCACAAGCAGGAAAAUCCUGACACCGAGUGUAUUGACUGUCAUCUUACACCCUUGUUUGAUGACUUGGAACAACAUGAAGCCUACACCUUUAAAAUCACGAACACGCUGGGCAUCAAGAGGUACAGUAUGUGUUGACACAAAGAACAACAAAGCAUUUGAAAGGCUGUGUGUGCACGAGACAUGCACAUUGAUUUCUGCUCUCCCCUCUUCAGUGUAUGAACAGCAAGAUGCUGCUGAGUGCUUUGAGAAGAUUUUAGGUCUGACCAGUCCUGAGGCAUCAAAGAUCUUUCGUGGACAGUUGACGCGCACGACUGAAUGUUCUACAUGUCAUAAUGGGACGAAUUUUGAUGGAGCGUUUUGGCAUCUUCCUCUUGAAUUGGUGGAGUCCUACAGUGAGGACUACAGCGUGGUGAAUGGUAUUGAGGAGUUUUUCCGAGAUUCGCAUCUCAGCGGAGAAAACCAGAUGUACUGUGACGAGUGUGAUGACAAAUCUGAUGCUAAGAUUAAAUGUGCAAUAAAGGAUCAUCCAGAGGUUUUGAUGCUGCUGCUGAAGAGGUUUGAGUUUGACUACCAAUACAUGGCAUAUGUAAAAAUCAACUGCACUGUGGCUGUGCCCUACACACUACAGAUACCUGGGAAUCAGACGUAUGAACUGUAUGCAGUUGUGGACCAUUCUGGAGAUCUUAGAAGUGGGCAUUACACAGCAACGAUCAAAUCUCAAGAUGAUGAUAAAUGGUAUAACUUCAAUGAUUCGAGGGUCACAUUGUGUGAUUACCAGCUAUUCCAGGUGGAUAAGUUUGAAAAAUCCAGCAGCGCUUAUCUCCUUUUUUACAGGAAGAAGAAAAUGCAUGCUGCUGAUACUUGCCCUCAAGACAUCACAGAGGUGUCCACUCCUGGAGGCUUCCCACCAGCUGACGCUGAUAUCUAUUACCAGUGUCAAGAUGUCAUCGAGAUGAGAGAGACAGAGAAUGUUGAGGUGGCAGAGGCGUGAGUAAUGAACCUGCGGUGGCUGUUUCCAUCGACACAAAUGAAGAAGCAGGAAUUAAAGAUAUCACUCCUGGGGUUAGAGGAGCGAAGCCAUCAGGAGUACCUUACAGCAUCGGUGUAGAGGGUCAGGGAGUUAAUGUGAGGCAGACCUUAUCAUACAAUCAACAGGAGUGUGAUGAGGAAAGGAAAGACGUGAGGUAUCAUCCUCAAGACGCUCAUGCCGAAAAACAGAGAUAUGACAGGAAAGUUGUGACAGAUGAUGAGGAGGACAUAAGAGGAAAUUCAGAGUCUGAUAACGAGGCAGAAAAGAGAGGAACCUCAUCAAGAGAAACUCAACUUGAAGAGAGUGUUGACGACUGGGACAAUGACAACGCAGGAGUGGAUGAUGUUAGACAAAAGAGACCUCAGGAGAGUCUGGAGGUUGCUGACAUACAUGACCCGUCAUAUCAGAGGUAUAAACAGGAAUUCAGCAACAAGCAUGCGAGAUGUGAUGGUCCUCAACAAGUUUGUGUAGACAUGCAGAGAGAUGAGGACAGGAUGGUGGUGGACGUAAACAGAGACAAGGAUAGAGAGAUGGAAGGUAAUGAACAUUCAGAAUGGAGAGAGAAAUCCUCAGCAAAACACCUCAACAGGCAUGCAGAGCAUCAUGAGGACAAGGAAUUUAAUGUUAGAAAGGACAAACAGGGUGAUGGGUUGAAGAUGGAACCAGAUGUUAAGGUAGACGAGGAAGAUGAGACUGGAGCUGAUAGUAGACAGAACAGACCUAAAGAUGAUCAUGGGUGUGAACAGGGAAGAAGUAGCAGGUAUACAAGACAUGAGCAACCAAGACAGGAUAAGAGGGAUGUGAAGGAAGUCAAGGAACAAAGGACAGAAAAUGAUAAACAUCUAAAUCGAAAAGAGACAUCCAUGACAAAUCCUAACCUGAGGAGAGUUGUAGAGGAUCAGGACAAGAGAAGAUUAGACAGUGUUCGACAGAACAUGAAUGAAGGUCCGGAAAGUGAACAGAAGAUUGGACAACAACAUACCCUUCAACCUCUUAACGUGGACAAACAGGGCAAUUGGUUGGAGGUAGAACCAGAUGUUAAGGUAGACGAGGAAGAUGAGACUGGAGCUGAUGAAAGAAAGGUAGCAUCGGGGAGCGUGAAGGGCUUCAGAAAGUAUGACCUCAUGGAACAAAAGACAGGCGAUGAUAUACAUGCAAAAAGGAAGGAAACAUCCAUGAUGAAUCCUAACCUUACCAAAGGUGUAGAGGGUCAGGACACGAGAAGAUUGGACAAUGUUAGACAGAACAGACCACAGCAGAAAAUCAGUGUUGAACAUUCAUCACAUAAAGACGGUGUGGACAAACAAGCCAACAAGCCUACUCAACGCAGAACAGACUCUUCUCCUAGACAAGCAGAACUGACAGAAAGCAGAAAAGUGGCUGAGAACAGGGGUGUUGAAGGUGCCGAAAAGAUGUGUAAGUCUCAACCCAAAGCAAGAACUGGAUAUAAUGACAAUGCAGUGGAAGGAAGGCAUGGUUCACGAGUAUAUGCAAAGAGAAUUGACAGCGAAAUUAGAGAGAUCUAUAGUAGAAUUAAAGGAAGCAGUGAGACAGACUUAACAGUGAAAACUACGGAGGAAACCGUACGACAGGACACCGUGUUGGUGGGUGUUCACAAUUUAAAUCUGAGUGAGGCACCUUUGCAAGAGCCACAGCAACGUGGAGCCAAAAGAGUCAUUAUGAAUACACCAGAGGAGAAUGAGACUCAAGGUACAAUUCAGUCAAUUCCAAAAAAAAAGAAACAAAAGUUUAACACACAGGAACAGGCUGUUGAAAUGAAACAUGCAGCAGAAAAAACAGGUGAACAUGAGCAGGGUAGAAGAAGAUGGUGGCAGCGCCGCUUAUUUGCCCGUCAGAAGCCAAAAAGAAAAGAAAAAAAGAAACAGAAAAAAUUUACUCACUGUCAUAUUGCUUGCAUAAGCCCGACCUCAGAGUCCGAUUAAGACAAAGUAUACAUUUGUUUGUUCAGGCGGUGUAACAGAUCACCUUUGCUGGGUUUAGGACAUGUAAAAUGCAUCACUUCCUGUUUUUGGGAUCGUUCCUGUUUAAAGAGCAGCAGAGGAAGUUGUUUAAUGAGAGAGAGGGUUGUUUUACAGUCUGUAAUAGAAAAGUAACACAAUGGACAUUGACUUCAAAUGUUUUUAAUGUCAAGACAAGGAGAUCAAGAUCCCAGUAUUGUUGGGUUGAUCUGAAAUCAUCAUAAUUCACAGACUAAAUAAUUAAAAAAUGUUUGUCUUUUAUUGCUUUUGUUACUUUCUUAAAAUGUUGAUUUUUUUUACUUAUUAAGUUGUUCAGUGAUAUAUAAAUAGAUGGCUCUAAAUGUAAUAUCUAAUAUGAUUUCAGGCAGGAGAUUGUGUGAGGAAAUACAAGUGGAAGUCUUUGUAUAGAUAUUUUUAUUUUAAUAUGUUUUCUUAUUUUGCUGUUCAGUUCUAUUUUAAAUUUAGUAAGCCUUUUGCACACCACACUUGUGCCCAUUGUCUAAUGUCAAAGAUGCUUAAGAUUUUAUGUUUAUCACUUUGUUGUGGUGAUUUGUGUCAAUCAUAGUAUUCUGAUGGUGAUUUUAAACAUGUAAGUAAAAUAAUCAUAAUAAAUAAAGAGAAAAUGAAAUAUA